GUCGCAUAUGGACUUUGUUUACAAAAAUAGUUGUGUGUCGUGUGUGAACAUAGAAAGCAUUGCGCUCAAAAGGGUGGUAAAGAGAUAAUGGCUGAGGCUGAUGGUCUUGGUCAAUCAUACGAUGAGUCAUUGAUAAAAAUGUGUUUACGGAAGCAACUCGAUGAGCUGGAGAUGUUAACGUCAAUUUAUUGCAAUCCCGGAGAGCUUAAAAUUGAUGAUCACGGCAUUGCGGCUGAUAUAAACGAAUAUCUGGAAGAUAGACUAAAUUCACUGAACAGAGAGUUGGACUACACAGUUACGUUGGAACAUAACAACUCCAAGAUAUACGUUGCCUUUCAGUUACCCCAUCUGUAUCCCUGUUCAAAAUCGGCCAACAUAUCGGUGAGGUCAUCUCUAUUCAGUAAAAGCGCAGAAACUUCCAUUCGGAAAAGGUUGGAGGAAUUUUUGAGGACUGUGGACACGACCGAAGUUUAUUCGUUGGAAGUUUUAACCUGGAUUCAAGAUAACGUAGACACAUUUACCGAAGCACCAGACACAACCACAAAAUCAACCGAUAACAAAAAGUGGAUUGAAUUCGAACGGAUGUGGAUCUACUCGCAUCACUUGAAGAGCAAAACGAAACGACAGGAAAUUGUGAAAAGUGCUCGUCAACUCAAUCUUAGUGGAUUCUCUAGACCCGGUAAGCCGGGAAUUAUAUGCGUCGAGGGUUGGAAACGGAAUACCGAAGACUUCUGGAAGUAUAUUCGGUCGAUGAAUUGGCAAAAGAUUACCAUACGAAAGAGUGAGGUGAAAACAAUCGAUUCGGAUGAUCUGGAUGCUGUGAGAAGAUUUCCGAAUUUUACAGAGCAACUGUUUGCUCAAGAUGGGGAUGAUCAGCAGGAGGUUCAGAUGGACAUGAGUAUGUUCAUGAAGUUUUUGGAGAAACACGAGUGCAGUUACAUACGAAAAGACCUGUUCGGUUUUGAGUAAGUAAGUUGAGGGAAGGGCGAUUUGUAAAUAAAUUCGAACAAGACUGACUGCACAUAAUGCGGCGUGUUUGUGAAUAAAGUUAUUUUUCGAAA